AUGUCUUCAAAGCAACAAGAUUUAGUUCAGCAUUAUAAACUAUACGAAUUUCUCUUCAGUCAACCAAAAGAUGAGCUUGUUCUGGGCCUGGAAGAAAACAUUGCGGUUAUUAAGCCAACAGAGUUCCCAUUCCCAGCUCCGCUUGAGGAAGGCCUGUCCUCUGACAUCUACUCUCAGCUUAUAGCACCGGCCCCAGCAGAACAAAAUAAAGACGAGCUAUUACUAGAAAUAGUGGGUAAUGAUGAGAGAUCUCCUGUAACUGAAGCAGAAGUCAAAGAUCCUUUGGAAGCCUACACCAUGGAAGAUGUAAAAUUUGUGUUGGGGCUUGUCACACGAGACGUUAUUGGAAACCUGCAGAUGGAGAUCAGUGAGAAGCGCAAAGCACAGGAGGAGACCUACAUUGUGAGAAUGAACAGACUUAAGACUUAA